AUGUGGAGGGCGAGGGUGAAGGCCAACGUCGUCAGCUACAACGCCGGGAUCAGCGCGUGCGAGAAAGGCGCACGGUGGCAGCAGGCGUUGGGGCUGUUUUGCGACAUGUGGGAGGCGAAGCUGAAGCCCGACGUGAUCUUCAGCUACAGCUCUGGCAUCAGCGCCUGCGAGAAAGGCGAGCAGUGGCAGUGGGCCUUGUCACUGCUCAGAGAGAUGUGGAAGGCAGAGAUGGAGACCACCGCCAUCAGCUACAACGCUGGGAUCAGCGCAUGCCAGAAGGGCGAGCAGUGGCAGCGGGCGUUGACGCUGCUCAGCGAGAUAUGGGAGGCGAAGCUUAAGCUUAACGUCAUCAGCUACAAUGCUGGGAUCAGCGCGUGCGGGCAUGGCGAUCAGUGGCAGCGGGCGUUGGCGCUUCUCCGAGAGAUGUGGGAGGCAAAGAUGGAGCCGACCGUCUCAGCUACAGUGCUGGGAUCAGCGCCUGCGAGAAGGGCGAGCAGUGGCAGCGGGCUCUGGCGCUGCUCGGCGAAAUGUGGGAAGUGA